AUGGCUGAAAAGUCCAAAUUUAUUGAGUUCAUUGAUGAAGCUUUAGAAAAGUCACAAGAAACCGCACUUUCUUCCUUAUUUUUCACCUAUCAGGGGAUUCCUUACCCAGUCACCAUGUGUACCUUCGAAACUUUCCAAGCCCUGGACACCUUUGAAGCCAGAGGCGACGACAUUGUGCUCGCAUCUUAUCCAAAGUGUGGUUCAAAUUGGAUUCUCCACAUCGUCAGUGAAUUAGUAUUUGCUGUUUCUAAAAAAAAGUAUGAAUAUCCAGAAUUCCCAGUUCUUGAAUGUGGGGACUCAGAAAAAUAUCAGAGAAUGAAAAAGUUUCCAUCGCCAAGGCUUUUGACAACUCACCUCCAUUAUGACAAAUUACCUGGGUCUAUCUUCAAGAAUAAAGCCAAGAUAUUGGUGAUAUUUCGAAAUCCUAAAGAUACAGCAGUGUCUUUUUUCCAUUUCCACAACGAUGUCCCUGAUAUUCCAAGCUACAGCUGUUGGGAUGAAUUCUUCAGACAGUUCAUGAAAGGACAAGUUUCUUGGGGCAGCUAUUUUGAUUUUGCAACUAAUUGGAAUAAACAUCUUGAUGAUGAAAAUGUUAAGGUCUUAUUAUAUGAAGACCUGAAAGAGAAUCUCACCGCUGAAAUAAAACAAAUUGCUGAAUUCUUAGGAUUCUCUCUAACUGAAGAACAAAUUGGAACUAUCUCUGCCAAGAGCACCUUCCAAGCAAUGAGAGCAAAAUCUCAGGACACACACGGUGCGGUCGGCCCCUUCCUGUUCCGCAAGGGUGAAGUUGGUGAUUGGAAAAAUUUGUUCAGUGAAACUCAGAACCAGGAAAUGGAUGAAAAAUUCAAAAAGAGCUUAGCAGGCACUUCCCUAGGAGCAAAGUUGAAGUAUGAAUCAUAUUGCCUGGGUUGAUUCUGUCAAUUUAGGAGGCCUAGAUUUUUUUAUUUCCCUUAAUAAAAAAAUUACAUUUAAAUAAUCGAAUGAACAUUCAAUCAAAGAAUCAAAUGAUAAUGAUAAUAAGAUAACAUUUAAAUCUAAAUAGUACAGAUGUAUUAAUAAUGAUAACAUCUGAAAUUUUUGAGCACAAAUAUGUCUGUUCACUUUUUGAGGAAAGGACAAUUUAGCUGCCCCCAAAGUAUGUAAAUGUGUCACUUUGUAGUUUUUACUUCUUUCACGAUCUGGGUUCACAUAAGAGCAUAAGCAGUUACUAUCAAGAAACACCUCCAUCUGUGUAUGAGCAUGGAUGAGACAGGCCUCCAAAUGACAUAUAUCCUCCUGUAGUUUCCUUAUAAUAACUCCUUUCUCAUGCUGGAUCAAAGCACUUGUGGUGGCUAUCUCAAACUUACUGUUGGGGGAAAUUUAAGUCCAAUUCUGC